UGCAUUCACCUGUGUUGCAAAGUGUCCAAAGGUCAGCAAACUGCAUGCGCGUAAAAUAGCGUUUUCUAACAGAACCCAUGGAUAUUUCUGCAGUAAACGCUCUUCCUUAUGAGGACUUUGUGAAUAUUUUUGGUAACGUUGUGGAAAAAUGUCCUCUCGUCUCAGCUGCUGUGUGGACCAGGCGGCCCUUCGUGAGUCUGGCUGAUCUGGAAGCUGCAAUAAACCAGUUCAUCGACGCGCUCCCCGAAUCCGGUAAAGAGGGGAUCCUCAGGUGCCACCCGGACCUGGCGGGCAGGGACCUCCACCGCGGCGCGCUGACCCGGGAGUCGCGCCAGGAGCAGGCUGGAGCCGGCCUGGACGCGCUGCGCUCGGACGAAGCCUCGCGCGUGUCCCGGCUGAACGAGGAGUACAAGCGGCGCUUCGGUUUCCCGUUCGUCGUCUGCGCCCGCGCGCACGACAAGGCGAGCAUCCUGCGCGAGCUGUCCGAGCGGUGCGGGAACGAGCGCGCGGCGGAGAGGGCGCGCGGCAUCCAGGAGGUGAAGAAAAUCUGCCGCCUGCGGCUCCAGGACCUCGUGCGCUCUGACAAUAAGUUAUAAACAUGUCUGAAAAUGUGAAACCUAAAAGCUGCGAAGUAACUUUAUUAAAUUAUUGUCCUGCUGAUUCAUUAAACACAAUGAUUUAUUCUAGCAACAAAACAUGUGCAGCUAUGAGUCACAUAAAGACUAAAAAUAGGCUUUUGGAACCGCCCGCACAAUAACAUUUAUAACUCAGGGAGACCAGUGGACAGAAAAGCUGAAAACCUUCUGAGCCUCAGCUUUCUGCCGGUAAUUAUGAAAUGUAUGCACUGAAAUCCUAAAAAACUGAAGAAAUGGGAAUAAAAUUUGGUUUAAACUCCAAACUUAAAGAAAAUGAACAUAAACAAAGAGUGCACUACUACUUAUUAGCAUUGAACUGUUCAUAGAAAUAGUGAAAGGUUUGCCUUUGUUUUGCUUUAAAUUCCUAAAUGAUGAUUUCUGCAUUUAUGUUGCUCAAAUUACUGCCAAUUAUUAUAAAUAUACUAUUGGUUACCUCUAUGAACUUAUUUCCUUAAAGUUCAGAGCUAAAGCUUGUUUUCUCUACCCUGCUUUUAUUUUUAUUUGUUUAAUCAGAAUAAAAUAGCACAAAGCAUUUUAAGGCAAUAUGUAACCUUCAUGGAAAAAAAGGUUUUUAGCCUGAAGCAGGGAACCACAACCAGAUCACUUCAGAUCCACUUUAGAUUCUGAUUAAUCUGAUUAAUUUUACGAUAAUAAGAAGCUGUGAUKGUUAUCAAAGUUUGUUCCCAAAGAUGGAAACCUAAAUGUAGGCCUUGAAACACCAGGUUUUGGGUCUUAAGAAGGUCAAAAGGAAUCAAAUAAAUGCAAUAAAAUCAUUGUUAAUAUAUUUA